GGUAUGGGUUUAGAUGGUGGUCUGUCAUGGGCAGAUCAAUGGGAUUCCAACCCUGACCCAGGCCCUCCACCGUCGUCGGCAGAAAACGGGAAGAAGAAGAAGAAGAAGAAGAAGGAGAAGGAGGAGGGGGGAUCCUCCUCGUCAGAGAAGAGCAUAUUUAAGAAGGCAAGCUUGAAGUGGAUAAAGGAAUUGCGAAAGAAAUCUGAGAAAUCUUGAAAAACAGAGAUUUCUACUUGCUUUCUUAUUUCUCCUCAUCCUUUUCCCAAAUUCUUCACUUAUCCAAUGAAUUGUGCUCCUGUUCUUAUUAUUUUUUCUUUCUUUCUUCCUUUUUCGAAUCAAAUGGAGGGGUGAAGGGGAAAAACUUCAACUCCUUUCAAAGAUAAAAUACUAUCCUAUCGAUGAAUUCAAAUAUAACUCUUCCGUGC